GUAGAAAGGACACUAACAGUGGCACCCAACUUGACGAAUUCGGCAGACUUAACCGCUUAGGUUCAAACCUUACCACGCUGGAACACGCAACCUUAAACCCCGGAGCUCUCAUUAAACGUUCGACUUUCGAAACGCAGCUAUUCCGAUCUAAAUUUAAACUUUCAAAAUGUUCAACGCUGUACACUCAAAUUUAAGCGAUAAAACGAUAUUAUUAGUCAUAAAUGUUUUCGGAGAUAAAUAUGUCAAAUACCUAAUUAAAACAGCAUGUUUUCGAUCAAGUAACUUGGAACUUACUCGGGUACCUAAGCAGAUAAUUACACCGCCUUCCUUUUCUGUCAAGGCUUGGCCGAUCAACAUUCUGCCCCUUCUUGUGUCAUUUUUGUGACUCAGUGCCCCUCCCCCUCUAUUUUCGUCGAUACGCCUAGUCCUGUCAAAACUUCCUAUCUUCUCAAACUUUCCCUUAGCACGCCCGCGAUCCACCUUCCGAUAAAAAAACAAUUACGAGCACGAUUAUAACACGAUCGCGACCAUGAGCGAGCCGAAUACGAAGCCGUCGCUGCUCCCCCAGCCGGGAAAGCAGAAUAUCUUAAUUACGAGCGCCUUGCCGUAUGCGAACAACGUCCCACAUCUUGGCAACAUCAUCGGCAGUGUUUUGUCUGCAGAUGUGUUUGCUCGUUUCUCUAGAGCACGCGGCUUCCCAACAUUGUACAUUUGCGGCACAGACGAAUAUGGCACGGCUACGGAGACCCAAGCCCUUGCUGAAGGUGUAGAUCCUGCCACCCUCUGCACCAAGUACAACGCCAUUCAUCGCGAUAUCUACGCUUGGUUUAAGAUCGAUUUCGACAUCUUUGGCCGCACCCCAACUCCCCAGCACACAGAAAUUGUCCAGCAGAUGUUCACUCGACUGUGGGAGAAUGGCUUUAUCGAAGAACGAGAGACCGAGCAGGCCUACUGCCCGGCGCAUAACUCUUUCUUGGCCGAUCGCUUCGUGGAGGGUGAAUGCAGUCUGUGUCAUGCAGCUGGGGCCCGUGGAGACCAGUGCGACGCAUGUGGAAAUCUCCUUGACCCCUUAGAACCGACUGAAGAUACCAAAGCAGAAUCCGGGGAGGACAGAAAGGCCACCGGCUGGCUAGUGAAUCCUCACUGCAAACUCGACGGCGCAACCCCAGAACGACGGACAACGAAGCAUCUCUAUCUUAAAUUAGACGCACUGCAACCCGAAGUCAAAUCUUGGCUCGACAAUGCUGGCGAUAUCAAGGACUGGAGCUCCAAUGCCGUGGCUAUCACACAAUCGUGGCUCAACGAUGGGUUAAAGCCGCGGAGUAUCACAAGAGACCUUAAAUGGGGUGUGCCAGUCCCCACAAGCCUCCCCGGGCUAUCAGGAGGCGACUACGAUGGGAAGGUCUUUUAUGUUUGGUUCGAUGCAUGCAUUGGCUAUCCCUCGAUAACUAAAUGCUAUACCGACAGAGACGACACGACGGGCAAGAACUGGGAGCAAUGGUGGAAGAACCCAGAUAAUGUUUCCUUAUACCAAUUCAUGGGCAAGGACAAUGUCCCAUUCCACAGCAUCAUUUUCCCAGCCUCUCAGCUUGGUACUAGGGAAAAGUGGACCCAGGUUCACAAAUUGUCCACCACGGAGUAUCUUAACUACGAAGGUGGCAAAUUCAGCAAAUCAAAGAGCGUUGGCGUAUUCGGAAACAGCGCUAAGGAUACCGGUGUGCCUGUCGACGUGUGGAGAUACUACUUGCUCUCAAGACGUCCAGAGACCAGCGAUUCCGAGUUUAGUUGGCGAGAGUUCGUUGACGCCAACAACAACGAUCUCCUUAAGAAUCUUGGCAACUUCUGCAACCGUGUUGUCAAGUUUGCUCAUGCCAAAUUGAAUGCCGUGGUGCCCGAUUAUACCAAGUACCAGGACUCGGACGGUGGAAUAAAGCAAUUCACGGAGGAAGUCAAUGGAUUGCUCCAAACUUACAUCUCGAACCUCAAUGCCACCAAGCUACGAGCGGGUCUCUCUACAGUCCUCAGUAUCUCGGCUGUAGGCAACAAGCUAUUGCAAGACAAUAAGCUCAGCAACCAGUUGCUCACUGAAGACCCGGAACGAUGUAAUGCCGUCGUCGGCGUUGCGCUCAACCAUCUUCACCUCCUCGCAAAUAUCCUAUUCCCAUACCUACCAGAGACAGCCGAUGCGAUCUUAGGCCAACUCGGCGUUCUAGGCUCUGGUAACGGCCGGUUCUCCAUUCCGGAUACCUGGUCACCCAACACGAUCCCACCUGGACAAGCCCUCGGAGAACCUAAACUGCUGUUCUCCCUUAUCCCCUCCGAAAAGGCCGAUGAGUGGCGUGAAGCUUUUGGUGGAGAGGAGCUGCGAAAGCAGAAGGCCAUUGAGAUGGAGAAGGCUGCGGCUAAGAAAGCCGCGAAGGAGAAGGAGAAGGAACGGAAGAGACUUAAGAAAUUAGGCCUUGCGGCUAGCGGCGACUCAACAAAGGCGCCCACAGAACAACUACAAAAUCUGAACAUCACAGACAGUGCGGGAAGUAAACCACCCCAGGAACCAGCAAAAUAAGGGAUAAGUCAAGUUUCCCGCCAAUUUACAAAUUCAUGGAUAUGAUGUCGUUAGUAGGGCGCUGGUAUAGAGGUUUCUGCAGAGACACCUUCGUUUGAUUUGGGGUGCAGUCAGCGUCUAGAGGAUGCGGAUGAUCUAGACAGCAUCGGAUGGGAUUAGGAUUUAGAAAAUAAAACGACGGAUAUCUUUCUAUUUUCUGAUUCCACAUCGUGUUCUUGACUUGACAUUACCGUUUCUCUCACAGCAUGACAAUUCGAUCUAGUGCUAUUGGAUAUCCGUGGUUCAUACAAUUAUACUAACCUCAUGACAAAGGACAAUGUCAUUAUCAUCGCGUUUGAAUUAUCAAUUGCCUAUAUGCUAUAGCAACAAUUCACCGGAUCAUUGAUCCCAUCAUGCCAGAAGGCCCUGUGGACGCUCGCUUGGCAGCAGCGCUAGUAUACUCCACCGACAAUAGCCAAUCAAGCUUUAGCUUGGACCUGAC